GCCGAAAAUUAUUCGAAAACAAGGAAAAUCACGGAAUGUCGAUACGGAAAGUACGUACGUACGUCAGUGCAAAACCAAAAAGAAAUCUAUUAAUAAUAAUGAAUAAUUUUUUAAAUCAUCUCUGAAAUAGUAUGAACCCUUGAGGAGCUCCUAAACUACGUGAAAGUCUCGAUCGCACAAGAGAUUUUUUAAAACAUGUUGCGUUUUCACCAGAAACAUGGCGCCCAUGUCGAACUUUCCAACUGUGGUACGAUCGCUACGAGAAAGAAAAGCUUCGCAAAUGCUGUCGUCUUCAGUCAUAGACCAUUAUCAACGCUUGAGACGUUUAUGUUUGAGAUCAUAGACCACGAACAAGGUUGGUCUGGACACGUAAGAUGUGGAAUAACAUCGCACAAUCCCAAAGACUUUCAACUUMGAGUCCCUCCUUAUUUGUUACCUGAUCUGGCUCAGAUGGGAAAGACUUGGGUUUUCGCCAUAAAACCAAACAACUCGAAGCCUUUAGGAGACGAACAUUUGCGAGACGAUGGGAGCUAUAAUUUCCAGCGAGUUGAAGUUGGAGACGAGGACACAAAUCAGUUGUUUUGUGGCGAAAAAGCCGCCAUGCAAAAUGUAAAACCCACUGACAAAGGCAGUCGUAUUGGGUUGCGGAUCAAUUCUAGUGGAGAUCUUUAUUUCUUUAUCAAUGGAAAAAAAUUUGGGCCUUGUGCUACAAAUGUUCCCACUUUCAAUGCAUAUGCUGCUGUUGAUGUCUAUGGGUCGACAAAAAGUGUCCGAAUUGUGCAGUGUGGAGUUCCAACACUAUUAGAUCUCUGUUGCAAUGAGAUCAAAAUUGCAACUAAAAACAAAAGUAUAGACGAUCUUCCGAUCCCUAAAUUACUCAUCAAAUAUAUCUCAUCUUUUUGACUAUAAAUGGCAAAUCCAAGGUAUACCACAGGGAACCCAACUUAGUUAACAGUGAAAGUCCGGUGAAUAUAAAAAAUUAGUAAAAAUACGCAGGUGAUUAUAGAAAAUCUUGCGCACUGAUUGGUCAAGAAACUCACACUAUCACACGAUAAUCACCUUGAGCGAAAAUCCAAAAUGGCGGCCAGCCACUUCGUUGCUGUUACUGGGGAAAAAAUACCUUUUAUCUUCUUUUUUUUCUUUUUUUGAAAGAAUCACCUGCGUAUUUAUACUAAAACAAUAAUUGUAAUAAUUAUUAUUUGCCUCGGGCUCGGUGAUUAUUGGGGAAUAUUUACCUCGCUGCUCAAAUACUUGCGUCUCGGAAAAUAUUCCCCGACAAUCACUUCGCCUUCGGCAAAUAAUUGUUAAAUAAUUUUAAUCUUAUUUAUUCCAUGAAAACAAUUAAAGGCAUUUACAAACAAUGAAUGAUAUGAUAUUAAGAUGGAUAUUUCCAAUAUUGUUUAUAGAGGACACUACCUUGAACCCCAAAAAAAUUAUAAAAGUCAAUUUUUUUUCAGUUUUUUUUUUCGUCUUUCACUUUUAUCUAAAUAUUUCUAAACAAGAAAACACAAGUCAGAAAUUAAAACCAUUAAAUAAAUCAGUAGUAUAAGAAUCAAUCAAACAGAAGAUUUUUAAGAUAAUGCAAAGACUUUGUUGUAUGAAUUCAAGAUUUUCAUAUAUAUAUGCACUCAAAACUGGAAUAUUUUUGAGGAUUCCCUUGUACAUAGGUAUUAUAUUCUGUUAAUGACUGUUUCUUUUAUGGAAAUAUAGAACUAAAGUUUCGUAUUUCCCAAUCUUUUGGGUCACUGAACUAUCAUCAGGAAAUGUGAAGAGAAUCUUUUAAAAAAGAAAAAGAAAAAUAUGUAUAUCUUCUAUAAGAUGAACUGUAAAUUUUAUCUACAAGCUCAUGAUAUAGAAUUAGGAAAUGAGUCAUUUUCCUACCAUCCUCCCCCUCCCAUAUGCCUUAACAUGUUUCAACAAGCAAAGAUGGCUGGAUAGGAGAACCUAAAACUCAGGCUAAAAUGAAGAAAAUAUUUAACACUAAAUUACUGGGACUGAGGGUCUAUGUUUUAUGGUCCUAAACAAGGCUAUGUUUCCAAGAGAAACAACACAAUCAAAAGUGGGUUCUGAAGUGGGGGUUCUAAUUCCAUUUCCAUUCACCCCAUUUUGACCAAAUCCUAUAGUUUUAGCCUUUUUUUUGCUCAAUUCCAUUCCCAUCAUGGUUUUUUGUUGUUGUUUGUUUCUUUCUUUGUGAAUACCAUUUCCAGUGCAUAAAAACCCCAUUUUCCCUACCAAAAAUCCCAGCUCCAAUUUUACCCCUUACAUAGAUUUUUAACUUUCUGUUGCAUUUAUGUAAAUGUAUCUYUUUGUUAAAUGCAUUAUGAUUAAGCAAAUAAAUAAACAUCAAAAGAAUGA